CCUUCACCUCUCCGGACACACAGUCACAGGCUGUGUUGUUCGGUGUCUCUCGCUCAAGCUCUAGUCUGAGAUCACUCAUCACUACCAAGGUCAAUCGAAAGACCUGGUAGACCUCACCGCUUGCGGCUAAUUGCCUCUCAUAUUGGCAUGGCCACUACCUCCCACCGUUCAUCCAGCGACACGACUGGAACUAUGAGCUCCUUUUCAUAUGCACAAGCCGCGAAAGGCAUCUCUUCGACAUCAGCAUCAGCAGCACCUACGGCCAAAGCAUCGUCUGGGUCAAUAACACCCGCAAAGGAUGCCACACCGUCCAGUAACACUCUGCCAACAAACCCACCAGUCGUGAAUAAUGUGGAAGAUGAUACCGCUGCAGCUUCACUGAAAAGAGUUCAGAAAGAACUGGAAAAGUCUUCUGGUAAAGAGCCGCAAGCCAAUGGCGUCGCUCCUCAAACCCAGCCCAAUAUCCAGCAACGGAGUCAAAUUUCGGGUCCUGCAUCACCGGAAUUCGGUGGCACUGCAUCAUCAUCCACUCUUGGGAAAGACGAUGAUGUUUCGUCAUUAGCCAACGCCUCAUCUGAGUCAACAUGGGAGAACAAGUCCCAGGGCUCUGCAGCGGUAGAGAAGUCUGCUGAUCAAGGUGCAAGUCAAGAAGAGAAGUCUAAGAAGGGCCAGUCAAAGGAAAAGACUCAGCAGAAGCCUUUGCAUGAAGCACCUCCUCCAACAGUCAACAUUUGGAAGCAGCGUGCAUCUGAGUUUGCCAAGCCCUCUGCUCUUCCCCAGGCUCCUAAAAAGGGCCCGGUCAGUGUCCCAGCCGUACCAAGCAUACCGUCGAUGAAAGCUUCGACAGAGAAGACCAAUGAUGCGAUUAAGCCAGAGACUAGAAGAAAGAGUAAGCAUCCAACUGGGCCGGAAGGCACUUAUUUAAGAUCCGCUGGCCGGAGAGAAAAAGGACAAAAUGCUAACAUUGAUGCGCGUACUCAAGUGGACGACAAAGCAGGGCAAGGACGCCGAGAUACGCGAACUAGUAAAGUACCUCACAAAGAAGAUCCUUCGAAUGUCGCAGCUCCUUUACCACCAACCAGAGACGAACAGUCUUGGCCGACUGUUGAAACCGCACAGGAUGAGGACAAAAAGAAGGCUGUCAGCAAGCCUGAAAAGGAUGUGAAAGACCGUACCACCACGGCAUCUCGUACACACGGUAAGAAUGAGUGGGUGUCCAUGCCAUAUACACCCACAGUUGUGUUCAAUACACCAUUGCCCAAUCCUGGAAACAGAAGAGGAGGUGCUCGCGGUGGAAGUCGUGGUGGCGCUACAGCGUCGUCACGAGGUGGUGCCUACAACAACACCUCUGGUAGUCCUGAAAAAGAGUCUACAGGUGGCCCGACCCCAUACAACGGCGAUGCUACCAAGCGAGAAAGAAGCGAUGGAGCCAGCGCGCGAGACAUCACCCCGGAGAAGUCACGCCGCGCCACCAGUGCCGGUCCUCAUUACAAGGAUGGGAAGACCUCGAGUGGCUCAAAUGAGCGCAGUGACCGUACGUUCAAGUUUGCCGAUGCUCCGAAUGGAUAUCGGAACAGUGCCGCAGAGGGUGUAGGUUUCCCAUCUCCUGGACCUACCCAAAGUGGUCAAGGGUCAAAACAAGCCAUGCCUAACCGCCAGAGGGCUUCCCGCAAGUUCGAAUCCACGUCUGCCGAAAAGGGACGAGACGAUCUCUCCUCUUCGAUGAAUGACAUCGCAGCGACUCAAGAAUCACGAAACGCCGGUGCCUCAACAUCAGAUCGUCCGGAAGCUGCGUACAGAAAGCAGUCUACAGCAGUAGAGACCUCAUUCCCUCCGGCUAAGCAUGGCUCAGGUGAGCGACGCAACGGACAAUUUGGCUCCGUGUCUGGGAGGGAGCGUGGCGAAGGUAGAGGACGUGGCAGUAUGCGUGGUGGACGGGGUGCAACCAACUCUUUCAACCAUCAUGGAGCCCAUGGCUUCACGAAUGGACAUACCUCUGGAAUGCAGCCAGGCCAGUAUACGUACCCUCGCUCGCCGUCCUUCUCUGAGGGAACAUCUUAUUUUGGGCCUCCGCCCCAAGGAAGGUCGAUGCGUGGUGGGGGCCGACCACAGUCGAUGGUGAUGGACAGUAACUAUGGACGUUCUGCCAACGGCUAUCCUCAGAGUCAACAACUAUCACCUAUCCAGACAUUCAUUCCGGGCAUGUAUGACCAGCCGUACAUGCAAUCAAUGAGUGCAAUGCCAUACAGUCCAAUGAUGGACAAUUAUCAGCUUGUCAGCAUGAUUCAAAUGCAACUUGAAUACUAUUUCUCUGUUGAGAACCUCUGCAAGGAUAUGUUCAUGAGAAAGCACAUGGAUUCAAAGGGCUUUGUUUACCUUACGUUCAUCGCCGAUUUCAACAGAAUCAAGCAGCUCACCACAGAUCUGGAAAUGAUCAAGCUGGUGUGCUACCAGUCUCGGAUAAUCGAGUACCGCCUUGGGGUCGAUGGUAAAGACAGGCUGCGACGCCGCGAAGGCUGGGAGCAAUGGGUCUUGAGUACAUCUGAGAGAGAUUCCACCGCUCAGAAUGAUGGUCCUGACGAGCUUCAUAAUCCACCUGUGCCUCAUCCCCAGGGCCUUGAAAACAUAGGCGGCAUGCGCUACCCACCAACAAUGUCGCCGACAGGCCCAUCAAGCCCGGGAUGGCACCAGAAUGAGGUGACCUAUCAGUCAUUACAGGAUAUCUCCAACACACCGAUGGUAAAUGGACAGCACUCUCGUGUUACAGCUGAGAAUGCACAACAUGCUGAGCCUUUCUCGCCGUCCACCGCCAUUAGCCAGAACGAUCAAGUCAACACUGCAUCAAUACCGCCCGCGAUGAAUCCAGAGGCAGAUUCAUUCUCCGAUGAACAAAUUGAGGGGCUGAAGAUCAUUGUGCGUGACGUGCCAAUCUCGACCCAGCCUCUUCCUGCUACUGGCUCUUUCCACACAGCUUCUUCUCGAACGUUCUCGAACGGCUCAAUUGAUCUUCAAAACGUGUCCGAAGACAUACAUAAGUCCGAUCACCGACCCAACGGCAUCCAAGUCAACGGAGUCAAUGCGGCGCACGGGUAAGCCAGAUCAUUUGAUCACGUGCGAAUGCGAGUGCCAAUGCUCAUUGAGCCUGCAGAGAUGAUCGGAGGCCAUCGCUGAACCUCCACCGCACCCUCACUCCAACGAAACCUAUCGAGAAAGUAGAAGUCACCAGCCCUUU